GGGUAGGGGGAGGCUGAGAUCAUGGAGGGGAUGAACACAGUUGGGGAGUAGAGAAGGAGGAAGAAUAAAGAUGGAGAGACAGAGAUAAUGGGGGGAGGUGAAAAGCCUUAUGCCUUUGGAGUUGGAAAGAGGAGUCCAGUGGGGAUGGAAGACUGAGUUGGAAAUAGGGUUGCCAGGUUCCCCCCUAACCACCAAUAGGGGAUGGGAGGUAGGAUUGCCAAAUCCAGGUUGGAGAUUUGGAGCCUGGGGAGGCCAGGGACCUCAGUGGGUUCCAGUACCAUAGAGUCCACCCUCCAGAGCAUCCAUUUUCUCCAGGGGAUCUGAAUCUCUGUACUCUAGAGAGGAGCUGUAAUUUCAGGGAAUCCCCAGGUCUCACCUGGAGGCUGGGAUCCUCGGUUGAAGUUGGGGGUUCUUCGAGUUUGGUAUUAGGCAGAAAUCUGUGGCUUUGGUUAAAGCAGGGGUGUGCAACCUGCGGCUCUCCAGAUAUUCAUGGACUACAAUUGGCCAUGCUGGCAGGGGCUGAUGGGAUUCAUAGUCCAUGAACAUCUGGAGAGCUGCAGGUUGCAGACCCCUGGGCUAAAGCAAGCAGAAUUGUGUCUGGCCAAGGGAGCUUUGGCUGUUGGAGGCUUAUGCCCAGAAACUCUUGUUAGGUGCUAUUGGUCUAGAGCGGGGGUUCCCUACCCCUGGUCUAGAGUCUCUUUUACUGCUGGCUAGCAGGGCUACGCUCUGAAAGGUUGCUAAGGAAGUGAUUCUUUCCCUUUUUUCCCCCCUAGUGGUUUGUGACUUUACAACCCUCCCUUCCCAGCUCCUGUUCAGCCAUCAGUGAGUGGAUUCUUUCCUCUGCUACAGCAAGAUCCCCCCCUUCCCCCCAUCACCCACACACAGCUGGGCUUCUGUCCCCUCCCCCCCACCCUGCAAAUUGUUAAUGGCUUUGAAGGCUGAAGUUCCCCUACUGGAUUACAUUGAGGUAUCUCUGAAGUGCAAAAGAGAGGAAGAGAAAAUGGUUGCCAAGCCUCUUGUGCCAGUUCCUGACCCGGUUAUCCAAGGUGGAGCCAACAAAGGCGCUGUGGGCAGAGUGGAGCAGGCAGUCCCCAACUUGAUGGCCGGGGAAGGUCAAGCAAAGCCCGGCAGUUCCUGGAGGGAGGAGUACCUGAUAGCCAAGAGUUCGACAAACGGCCGGCUGGUGUGCAUGGUGUGCGGCGGAAUCCUGAGCGCCUCCGGUCCAGCAGCGGCACGGGAGCAUAUCCUGCAGCAUCAUGCCCACUCCAUGGACUUCAGCCCGGAGGAGAAGCAAAACAUCUUGGAGGCCUGGAGCGAAGGACAGACGCUGACCGAUGGAGAAAUGCAGACUUACCUUGAAGACAACCCAGGCAAGCGUGAGCAGCCAGCGGAGAUCGAUGUGCUGCUCGAUCCGGAGGAGCAGCCGGCCAAUCGGAAGCCCGGGCAGCCGAAAGCACGCUGUGAGACGGUACGCUCCGAUCCCGGGCAGCGAUCGCAAGGUCAGCGAAGGGUGCGCAGCUCAGACGGUGCCAAAGACGUCAGGAGUGACCAGCCUGGCCAAGUCACAGGGAAAGAGUGGCCGUCGGAAUGCGGUGUCCCGGGGUCAGCACCUGCUGAAAUAAGGAUCUUCACUGAUGGCAGCUUCCCCGCUGGCUUUGCCUUAAAGCUGUAUUGCCGGACUCCGCCAGAAGUGCCCCAGGACACAGGAGCAAAGGCAACUGCCAAGAAGAGAAUGGGGGAUAAACCUUAUCGCGAUUGCUCUGUCUCUUUGCUACGGCUUCACUCCACUGACUCUCCCCACUGCCUAGGCCUGGCCAAGUCCAAUGCCCCCCGCCCCUUCGGCAACUCUUUGGCUCGUGGCAAUGUCAAAGACUGUGGAGUCAAACUAGGCCAGCGGAAAGCCAUGGAGGUCAAGGCAAGAGACUCCUUGCCCCCAAAUCCUCAAGAAAGCUCUUUGGACUCCUGCUCGGCGCAGCCCAAGCUUCUCAUGGACUUUGAUGCCAUCACAGUACGGCUUGGUGUGUAUGGUCUGGGCGAGAAUGCCUCCUGCUCUCAAGUGUGCUCUGGAAAACACACCGGCCAAGCAGCACAUCCUUCAGUGCCAUGCUGAGACACUCCAUUUGCCCCGUGAGGUCCGCCGCACCAUCCAGGAAGUCUGGGAGUCCCGGGGACAGUCUCCCACUCCACCCCUGCAAAAAUAAAGUGCUGACCAGGCUGUUCCCUACCCUGCUGGUCUCUGAUGUGUCUGGGAAAUGAAUUGGCUAUCUCAGAUACUACAGUCUUUAACAGCUGGAGAAGGUGAUGACAGCCACUGUUGAACUGGGCCCAUAACCCUUGUGGGUGUAUAUGCAGCUGUUGGGUUACCUGUAUGUAGCUUUCCAAGUUCUCUGUCUCUCUCUCUCUUUCUCUCUGUAUCUGGCUCUUUUAAUCACCGCAGAAUUGUGAGAUGAGGCAACAGUAGUGACUUCCCCAAUCCCUAUUUUCCCACCCACUGGUUUUCACCUUCCCCUCUUCCCACCCCCCACCCCCGAUCCUUUUUAAGUCCUGGGCAAGUCCUGCAGACUGGAGAGGCCAGAGCUGUCUUGUCACCCACUCGGAGGGCAAUUUCAAUUUUUUGAUGAAUUCUUCAAAGACUGUGCUUGUGCCCCUUCUCGGCCCAUCUUGAAAAAAACCUUCCAAGGUGCUUCUGCGUUCUCGGUGGGAGGAAAUCGAGAAGUGGACGAGGGUCUGGGGCACUGAUGGUUAAGAGUGGCCUUUUGAACUGUUUGUUGUAACUGACUGGUUUUGCAAACGUACAGCAGGAGAGUCUGCUAGCGGUUCCCCAUUUCCCGCAUCAAGCAAUAACCUGUCUCUUGCAUUGGAAAUAAUAUCUCUUCCACGUUUUCUCACCCCCCUACCGCUGACUUUCCAUUGACCUCAGAGCUAGUGCCAUGCACCAUUUGUAGCCGUGACUGGGCACCAUGUUUUGUGCCCAACUGUGACCCUUUCUUUUGUAGGCCUUUCACAAGGAUGACUUGUACCAAGGGAACAAUAAAUUAUUUUUUAUGAUAUAA